AUGGAGUCCAUCUUUUGUGUGGAGCAGAUUAAUGUUCCUCCAGAACUUGGAACCAUUAUGAAACAAUAUACCAAGGCUGUUCUAAGGGAUAGACCGGAAGAUCUUUACAAGUACAGUGCAAAUUUUUUCGCAGCUCUUUGUGGUCAAUCAGCCCCUUUUGACAAGGAUGGGCAAUAUGUUGAGUCACGUGGAUACGAACCAAUGGAACACUUCGCUGCUGCAGAUCUCAACAAGGCGGAGGCGGUUGAAACCACACCUUCUGCAGAUAAUGAAACACGUGAUGUUAUUCGGGAUAUUUUCAGUGAGUAUGAUGUUAAUGGUGAUGGACGAUUGUCUAGGGAAACAGUGCCCGCACUGUUAGAGGAACUUCAAAGAGCCCUUGGCCUCAGUGGAUCUGAUACCAUUGGGGCGGAUGAACUUCUCAGCAUUCUUGAUACGGACGAAAAUGGUACAGUUGAUCUUUUAGAGUUUCGUCAACUUUUUUUUCAAUCAAAUGAUUCACCGUAG